CUGCUGACAGUGAAUGUAGCCAACCUCUUUCUACAUCUUUGCAAUUUUCAACUAUACGACCUGCCUGCAGAAUGGAAACUGGGGCACACAAUAUGCCUUUAGCUCCCUUAUGCCCUAAAAAUGACAGCAGGACUUCUGCAUCAAAAAGUAACAAAAAAUACCUAACGGUUCCUCAAAAUCUGCGCUCCAAAGCUUUGAGGCAAGACAGUGGAGCUGCUGAAUCAUCCGACUACAGAAAUACUCACAAGAAUUCUGUCAUUAACAAUUAUAUGGAUGAAGCACAAGUAGGAGCCACUGAAAGGACUGUACCAGGAAUGAUGCAUUUCCGAGACAGCAAAAGAAAAGUGGAUUAUGUUUUAGCUUACCACUACCGAAAACGGAUCUCACAUGUUGGGGAUGGUUCUCCAGGCCUCUUGCACAGACCUCCAUCUUUGGCUAUUAUUUCUAAUGGGGAAACAGCCAAAACACAACCUGAACAACAACAGCAAUGUAACCCGGAUGUCCCCUGUCCAGAUAGUGAAACUGUUGAUAUGAGUCCACUGGAUGUAUUGGAGGAAACAAAGUGGGAACAAAGGAACCAGUUUGAAUCUAACCUAGUAGAAGCUGGACUAGAGAUAGAAAAAGAUGUGGAGAAGAAGAGCCAAGGACUGAGUUUUGUCCGGAUCCAUGCACCAUGGAAUGUACUUAGCCGGGAAGCAGAGUUUCUUAAGAUAAAAAUGCCCACUAAAAAGACAUAUAAAAUAAAAGAAGAUGGGGGAAUUCUAAAGAAGAUGUCUGAAAUCUGGCACCAAUUUACAAAACCUUUGCAGCCCAACGUGCCACGAAGAAAUAACACAAGGAUGAAGAAUUUAUCUUACCCCUUUUCCAGAGAAAAAAUGUAUUUGAAGGUACAUGAAAUUUUGAAGCGCACGUAUAGUACGAAAGCAAAAAACAGCAUGGGUAUUAACACACUAAUAGCAAACAAUGUAUAUGAAGCUGCCUAUCCGCUUCAUGAUGGUGAAUAUGAAGAUGAAAACAAAGAAAUGAAUGACAGAAAGUUGCUGUAUCAAGAAUGGGCAAGAUAUGGAGUGUUUUACAAGUUUCAGCCUGUUGACCUCAUAAGGAAGUAUUUCGGAGAAAAAAUUGGAAUGUAUUUUGCCUGGCUGGGCCUGUACACAGAGUUUCUCAUUCCAUCUUCUAUAGUUGGAAUCAUAGUGUUCCUGUAUGGAUGUGUAACCAUUGAAAAUGACAUUCCUAGCAAGGAGAUGUGUGACCACCACAAUACCUUUAUCAUGUGCCCGCUCUGUGACAAGAUCUGUGACUACUGGAACCUUAGCACCGCUUGUGCUACAGCACGGGCCAGUCAUUUAUUUGACAAUCCUGCUACAGUCUUCUUCUCCAUUUUCAUGGCACUCUGGGCUACAAUGUUUCUUGAAAACUGGAAGCGUUUGCAGAUGAGGCUGAGUUACUUCUGGGAUCUAACUGGUUUAGAAGAAGAAGAAGAAUAUCCGAGACCGGAAUAUGAAACCAAACUACUACGAAAGAAGUCAAGAACUGAAAAAAGUAAAAUAAUAAGUCAAGAUGAGGAUGAAAAAGAGAAACUGACUUGGAAAGAUCGUACCCCUGGUUAUCUGGUGAACUUUGCAUCUAUCUUAUUUAUGAUUUCACUGACAUUUUCAUUAGUCUUUGGUGUAAUUGUGUACCGGAUAACUACAGCAGCAGCACUGUCAAUGAGUCCCAAUGAAUCAACCAGAUCAAACGUUCGCGUGACAGUGACAGCAACUGCUGUAAUCAUUAACCUCGUCGUGAUUCUUAUCCUAGAUGAGAUUUAUGGAAUGGUUGCCAAAUGGUUGACAGAAAUGGAGGUACCAAAGACAGAAAAAGCUUUUGAGGAGAGAUUAAUUUUGAAGGCUUUCCUGCUAAAAUUUGUUAAUUCCUAUGCACCAAUUUUUUAUGUGGCCUUUUUUAAAGGAAGAUUCGUGGGUCGACCUGGGCAAUAUGUGUACGUAUUUGCUGGUUACCGAAUGGAAGAGUGUGCUCCAGGAGGCUGCCUAAUGGAACUCUGCAUUCAACUAAGCAUUAUAAUGUUGGGAAAACAGCUGAUCCAAAACAAUGUUUUUGAAAUUGGAGUCCCUAAAUUAAAGAAACUGUUUCGUAAACUGAAGGAUGAGAGAUCAAAGACAAAACAAAGUGAUUCAAAUCUUUCUAGACAACCUCAGCAAUGGGAACUGGACUAUGUCUUGGAACCUUUCACUGGGCUGACUCCAGAAUAUAUGGAGAUGAUUAUACAGUUUGGCUUCGUCACACUCUUUGUUGCUUCCUUUCCUCUGGCCCCAGUGUUUGCCUUGCUCAAUAAUGUCAUUGAAAUUCGGCUUGAUGCCAAAAAGUUUGUCAGUGAACUGAGAAGACCUGAUACAGUCAGAGCAAAAGAUAUAGGGAUUUGGUUUAACGUUUUGAGUGGCAUUGGAAAAUUUUCAGUUAUAAUUAAUGCAUUUGUCAUUUCUGUCACCUCUGAUUUCAUUCCACGCCUUGUCUAUCAAUAUGCAUACAGCUUUAAUGGAACUAUGCAUGGCUUCAUCAAUCAUACCCUCUCAUACUUCAACGUCAGUGAUUUUAAGACUGGAACACAGCCGGAAAACUCACAAUUUCACCAGGAAGUUUCCUUUUGCAGGUUCAAGGAUUAUAGGGAACCACCAUGGUCUGAAAACCAAUAUGAAUUUUCCAAGCAGUACUGGUCUGUUCUUGCAGCCCGUUUGGCAUUUGUCAUUAUUUUUCAGAACCUGGUAAUGUUCCUUAGCUUGCUGGUUGACUGGAUGAUCCCAGAUAUUCCCAAGGAUAUCAGCGAACAGAUCAAGAAGGAGAAGAGUGUGCUGGUUGACUUCUUUCUGAAGGAAGAACAUGAGAAAUUGAAACUGAUAGAAAACUUUAUAAGGCAAGACAAGCAAAGUAGUAGGAGCGACAGAAAAGAAAGGAGAAAUCGAGCUGCCAGCUUUUGUCAGUUUAGGCACAAUAAGCGAGGCAGUUUUACAUCUUCUAGUUCGCUGCAUACAGAUGUGUGAUCCCAAAAGGAUAUAUUUACUGCAGAUGAAUUAUUGACUCCCUCUCUACAGAGAACACUGAGAACUGCAGCACCAUAAGUGGGGCUUAACAUUAUGUGCCAUUACUCUCAUCUUGCUGCAAUUCCUAGUAUUCUGUCAGAAAGGAGGCCAUGAGCAAUAAACUAGUAUAAAGCAGAAUAUCCAUCUAUCUAUUAGGGGUAUGCACAAUCUUAUUUUGGUGUACUGGAUUCAGGGGGUGCGGCUGCUGAAUCCCCGGAAACGAGCCUAACGGGGGCCAACCAAAGCCUUCGCUGAUAUAGAUCACAGGAGCCGGAUCUUUUCAGCUAAUGGGAGCUAAUGGGGCUGAGUGGCCUUUUACCUAAGGCAGCCGCGUGUGGGCUGGUCAGCCUUACAAAUCAGGUAAGCUGCAGCUCCUCCUCUUUUUUCUUCCCCAGCAACCUUCUCCAUCCCUACCCGAAGCCCCCCUCUCAGUGCCCACUUGAGGCAAAUAGGAACUCGCUUUCCCAGCAGCACUUUGUGUAGUGUGGGCAUUGGAGGAGCCUCUGUGUUCCCUCCUGGAGCAUGAUAGGA